AUGGAUACGCUAGAAUGGAUUUUGGAGCUUGUGGAGGGUGAACGAGUUGGAAAGAUUGGGAUAUGUGGUGACGGUGUCAAAGGACUCGGACAUGAAGAGGGUUCAAUUGCAGAUCACUAUAAGAUUGAACAUGAGGAUGAGCAAGGGAGAAACCCACAGGAAGGUGUUAUUUGGUUGUUUGCAAGGUUGAAGAAGGAGAAGAAUUUUCUCUUGAUUCUUGAUGAUAUCUGGGAGAAAAUCCAUCUGGAUGAAUUGGGUAUACCACACAGGGAAGUUCACAAGGGUUUUAAGGUCAUAUCGACCACUCGAUCUCUCGAUGGGUGUAGGGGGAUGAAGACGGAUAAAGACAUCAUAGUGGAAGUUCUUAGUGACGAAAAAUCUUGGACCUUGUUUUGCCAAAACGUAGGAGACAUGAUUGAUUUGGAUAGGGUAGGAGAUCUUGCAAGAGUUAAUUGUUGCUAG